CACAUUCAAGCAACUGGUUUCCUGGCCACUACUCGUCCAUUUCAGAAUCAUCACCCACAUUUGCACACCCUCACAGAUUCUCUUCCUCACCAAAGCCCAAAAAUAUCUCAUCCCCAAAAAAGACCCACUAUCCCAAUCCACCCAAACUCCAUAGUCCAUGGCCACCACCUCCUUGCUCGAAGCCAACCCAUUGAAAUGGAAGCAAACCUUCCCAAUUCAUCUCCCCCCUCUUCGUCCACUCCCCAGCAGCAAUACUUCCUUCAUCAGACCAAUCAAGUUUAGGAACGGAAUAUUGAAUUUGAGGCCUCAAGGUUCCGGUCAAUUCAGCGUUAAAUGCUUCCUCUUCGCGAAGAAGAAGCAUUUGACUGAACCAGACUUUGACGAGUCCGUGUCGCUCGACAAAGAAAACUAUAGAAACCCAUUUGAGGUUGCUGCGAAUGCUGUUUAUAACGCUAUAAAGGCAUUGAGAACACCCGCGAUUGCUGCGGUGUUGUUGGGGUUGUUGUUGAUGUACGAUCCCAAUUCGGCAUUGGCAGCCUCGGGUGGCCGCGUGGGUGGGAAGUCGUUCUCUUCGCGUUCUUCAUCGUCGAGGAGCUAUUCGACGCCGAGGACUUCGGGCCCGGGGUCUUCUUAUUCGGUGCCGUAUUACGCGCCUUCGCCGUUCGGGUUUAGCGGCGGCGGAGGUGGGUUUUACGUGGGUCCGGCUGUUGGGGUCGGAGUGGGUGCUGGGUCGAGUUUCUUUUUUAUUUUGAUGGGUUUCGCGGCGUUUGUUUUGGUUUCUGGGUUUCUUUCAGACCGGUCGGAGGGUGGUGUGCUUACUGCCACGGAGAAAACCAGUGUGCUCAAGCUUCAGGUUGGAUUGUUGGGCAUGGGGCGGUCGCUUCAAAGAGAUCUUAAUCGGAUUGCUGAAACUGCAGAUACAUCUAGCCCUGACGGUUUGAGUUUUGUAUUGACAGAGACUACUUUAGCUUUGCUUCGGCAUCCUGAUUAUUGUAUCUCAGGUUACUCAUCUGUGGAUUUAAAGAAGAGCAUGGAGGACGGAGAGAAACGCUUCAAUCAACUUUCUAUUGAAGAACGGGGGAAGUUUGAUGAAGAAACACUCGUCAAUGUGAACAACAUUAAAAGGCAAAGCUCAGCCAGCCAAAGAGCUAAUGGAUUCAGAAAUGAGUACAUAGUGAUAACAAUCUUGGUGGCUGCUGAAGGAGUACAUAAGCUGCCUGCCAUCAAUGGCAGUGGGGACUUGAAAGAAGCCUUGCAAAAGAUUGGAUCCAUUCCCUCAAGCAAAAUACUAGCUGUUGAGGUAUUGUGGACUCCCCAGAAUGAAAAUGACACUCUGUCAGAGCGGGAACUUCUUGAAGAUUAUCCGCUUUUGAGGCCUUUGUAAGAGUAUUAUAAAGGGCUAUCUUUUACCAUGCGCUAAGAGGUAUGAGCUGAACUGGUUGUUGGAUCUAAAUUGGCAUUUGAGCGGAAAAAACUUGUAUAUAUAGUUCACCACAGAAAUUAUACUUGUCUAAGAUUUGAUAUGUUGCUGUAAUGUAUAUGUAAGCUUUUUUACA